AUGGCCUCAACUCCUCCUUCUCCGGGAGAACGCUUUGAGAUUGCGUCCCAACAUGCAGCUCUAAUCCGGGCUCUCCUCUCUCACCCAGCCACGAAUCUUACCACCGCCGGCCUUCCUGACCGCACCAAAACCCAUCCGACACUCUACAAUGUCACUGACUUCGAAUUGAGAACCUACAAGGAGUACCUUCUCCCUAUCCUUCCGCCAGAUGCAGAGAAGAUAUCACCGGCGCUGGCAAUUUCGCAGGCGGAGGAAGUGCAAGAGAAUCCAGACUUGAUGAGCGAUGAUAUGUACCCACGCAUGAACGUGGGCGGCUUCGGCGAAAAAUGGAGGGAUGCGAUUGGACGUACGGUCAUGAUCACGGAUAUCAUUCUGAAUACGAGCAGGCAGAUCUUGUUUGGCGGGACCUUUGACUUUGGGAACGAGGUGAAGGAGAAGGCGAGGGCGUUGGACUGA